UUUUUUUUUAUCUAAAUGUAAAUAUUUAUAUCUUUGCCUAUCCUUCUUCCCUCACACAAACACACAAAGAAGAAGAAGACUAUGGAUAAUCUGGAGUUAUGUGAUGCAAACAACUUUCCUCUAACGCCCAUAACAUUCUUGAAGAGAGCUUCGGAGUGUUAUCCAAACCGAACUUCCAUAAUCUACGGACAAACUCGCUUCACUUGGCCUCAGACCUAUGACCGUUGCUGCCGUCUGACCGCCUCUCUCCUCUCUCUUAACAUCCGGAAGAACGAUGUAGUAUCCAUCCUGGCCCCAAACAUACCAGCCAUGUACGAGAUGCACUUCGCGGUUCCCAUGGCUGGAGCUGUCCUUAAUCCUCUCAACACCCGCCUCGAUGCAAAAACCAUAACCACAAUCCUCCGCCACGCCCAGCCUAAGAUCUUUUGCGUAGACCGUAGCUUUGAACCCUUAGCUCGAGAAAUCAUCCAUUUACUAUCACUUGACCACUCAAAACUUAAGAUGCUGGUCAUAUUCAUUGAUGAGACCAAUUCCCCUAAAACUAUGUCAUCCAAUGAGCUAGACUAUGAGUCUCUCAUCCGUAGAGGACAACCUACGUCCUCCAUGGUCGCACAUAUGUUUCGUGUUCAAAACGAGCACGAUCCGAUCUCCUUGAACUACACAUCAGGUACUACGGCCGAUCCCAAAGGUGUGGUCGUUAGCCAUAGGGGAGCGUAUUUGAGCUCUUUGGGCGCGAUUAUGGGCUGGGAAAUGGGGACCUGCCCGGUCUACCUUUGGACCCUGCCUAUGUUUCAUUGCAAUGGCUGGACUCUCACGUGGUCAGUUGCAGCACGUGGGGGCACCAGCGUCUGUAUCAGGAACGUCACUGCGUCCGAGAUCUUUAAGAAUAUAAAACUGCAUGGUGUGACGCAUAUGUGUUGUGUUCCCACGGUGUUCAACAUUAUUCUGCAAGGGAAGCCGCUUGACCUAUCGAAUAGGUCUGGACCUGUUCAGAUGCUUACAGGAGGUUCGUCGCCUCCAGCUGCCCUUGUCAAGAAAGUUCAGCGACUGGGGUUUCAUGUUAUACAUGCCUAUGGGCUUACAGAGGCCACCGGACCGGCUCUGUUUUGCGAGUGGCAAGAAGAGUGGAACAGAUUACCGGAGAAUCAACAGCUGAAACUGAAGGCAAGACAAGGGGUGGGCGUCUUAACUCUAGCUGAAACUGACGUGAAGAACACGGACACUCAAGAGAGUGUCCCACGAGAUGGGAAGACGAUGGGGGAGAUUGUCGUGAAAGGAAGCAGUGUGAUGAAAGGGUAUCUAAAGAAUCCCAAAGCUACACUUGAAGCGUUUAAAAACGGAUGGCUCAACACGGGAGACAUUGGCGUGAUUCAUCCUGAUGGGCACAUAGAGAUCAAAGAUCGGUCCAAAGACAUCAUCAUCUCGGGAGGGGAAAACAUCAGCAGUGUCGAAGUUGAGAAUGUUCUUUACAAACACCAUCAAGUUAAGGAGGCUGCGGUCGUUGCCAUGCCUCAUCCUGUGUGGGGAGAAACCCCGUGCGCGUUCGUUGUUCUAGAGAAGAAGGGUGAGACUACUCAAGGAGACGGUGGAACUAAUGUGGUGACAAGUGAAAGAGAUUUGAUUGAGUAUUGCCGUGAGAAUAUGCCUCGGUAUAUGUGUCCUAGGAAGGUCGCGUUCUUGGAAGAACUUCCAAAGAACGGCAACGGGAAGAUCAUUAAGCCUAAUCUAAGAGACAUCGCUGCCGGUUUGGUUGUUAGUGAUGAGAAUAUAGUUAGUUCCAAGACUGUUUCACAGCGCAAAGAGGAAGAGGAACGUCGUGUUGAUCGCCUACCUUCUCGGCUUUGAGUUUAUGCAUCAACAUUUGUGGAUGACAACUCUAAGUUGAAAAAAAAAAAAACCUCUAAGUUGUGUUCUAGUUUUGGCGCGAGUUUGUAUUAAAAAUUUAAGUAAAGUGCACUGAUAAUUUUAAAUUUUCAAAAAUAAAACUAUGUUGAACUUAUUUUUUAAUAAAAUUAUACUCUUU